CGUCGACUCCAUCAGUCCAUCGCAGCAUCGGUAUUUAAAUUCCAAAUAUUCGUGUGUCGGUCUCUCUCUGAUGUUGUAAGCCUGGAACAUUCUCACCUCUUCUGGCUCAACCGGUCAAAUUAUUUUCUAACGAGGCAGCAGAAGCUGAGAACCAUCAUCUCUGAGCUUCGUGGAGCUCUGCUAAAACCGAGGUUGUGGUCGUCUUCAUCGUUGGCAUUUGGUCUUCGGAGAAAGGAACUGGCGGGAAGCCGAUGGCUGUGGAAGUUGAGGCUGCUGCAACCACGGAGUUAGCUCUGUCUGAGACCGACAUCAAUUGGGACAGUAUGGUCGUUACUCUUGAUCUGAUUUCCCCCUUUGGAUUUUAAUGGAUUUCAACUUGCUGGAGGGGUGUCUCCAGGAGAAAGCCUCCAGGCGCAGUCAUUGGGGCUAUCACGCCUGUUGGAUAAGUCAAGGUUCCAUGUCAUUGGAGCCAUCCUCUUUACUGCUCAAUCGGCCUUACUACAUCCAACGGGAGUUGUAAAAACUAGAAUGCAAGUAGCUGGAUCUGGACUGGCACACAUGCGUGGAGUCUCAGUAUUCAGGCGUAUAUUGAAGAAUGAUGGUAUCCUUGGUAUUUUCCGAGGUUUUGGUACCUCUGCUGUUGGAUCACUGCCUGGUCGGGUCUUGGCUUUAACUUCACUUGAGGUAUCAAAAGAUAUGAUGCUGAAGUACACUGAAGGUUUAGAUAUUCCCGAAGCAACACGUGUUGGUAUUGCAAAUGGAGUGGCAGGCAUGAUGUCAAAUCUAUUCUCCUGUGUGUACUAUGUGCCUUUAGAUGUGGUUUGCCAACGACUAAUGGUACAAGGCCUUCCGGGAACAACAGUUUGUACUGGGCCAUUUGAUGUUAUCCAUAAAGUGAUGAAGUCUGAGGGGAUUCGUGGUAUGUAUAGAGGUUUUGGGUUAACAGUUGUGACCCAAUCUCCCGCCUCUGCACUUUGGUGGGGUGCAUAUGGUGCUGCCCAGCAUGUCAUUUGGAGGAGUUUGGGCUAUACAAACGAUGCAAAGAAGAAACCAUCACAUAUGGAGAUGGUGACUGUCCAAGCUACUGCAGGAACUGUGGCUGGUGCUUGUUCUUCAGUACUCACUACUCCAAUAGACACCAUAAAGACACGACUUCAGGUCCUGGAUAAUUAUGGUGUUGGAAGACCUUCAGUUAUGAAGACAACAAAGGCACUCCUUCAUGAAGAUGGGUGGAGAGGCUUUUACAGAGGGUUUGGACCCCGGUUUUUGAAUAUGUCACUCUAUGGGACCUCAAUGAUUGUUACUUAUGAACUAAUAAAGAGAUUAUCCGUAAAGCAGCUGUGACAUUCUGACAUGGCAUAGGUUCCAUCUUACUAAAGCUAAUGUAGCGCGUGUUCCCCAAGAUCUGAUUUAGAUAUGCUUCUUUUACCACGUCUGCCCAGGAAUUGCAAGACAUGGAGAUUGGCAGGUUUUUGUCUCCCCCAUUUCUUCUUCAUGCCAGAUAUGGCUGGCACUUUUUUUUAUAUUUUUUUGAGGGUGACAUUGCAUCUUUCUGUUAUUAGGGGGGAAAAUGAAAUUCCUAGAAGGGGCUUAUAUGUUGUGCGAUGUUGGGUUACAAAGUGGCACCUCUAAUAUUUGGUGAGAUGCCAUUUUGAUUUUUAUUUAAAAAAAAAAAAAACU